GAGGAAACGGAAGUGGUUUUCACACAGACGGAAGCAGGAAGAGAGAGAGCGCGAAGACGCCUGUGGCAGUGCUGGCUUCGCUGUGUAAGCUGUGGAGGCUCCUGAGCGAUGGCGGAGAAGUUUGACCACCUGGAGGAACACUUGGAGAAGUUUGUGGAGAACAUUCGGCAGCUCGGCAUCAUCGUCAGCGACUUCCAGCCCAGCAGCCAGGCCGGGCUUAAUCAGAAGCUGAAUUUUAUUGUUUCUGGCUUACAAGAUAUUGAUAAGUGCAGACAGCAACUUCAUGAUAUUACUGUACCUUUAGAAGUUUUUGAAUAUAUAGAUCAAGGUCGAAACCCCCAACUCUACACCAAAGAGUGCCUGGAGAGGGCCCUGGCUAAAAAUGAGCAAGUUAAAGGCAAGAUUGACACGAUGAAGAAAUUUAAAAGCUUGUUGAUUCAAGAACUUUCUAAAGUAUUUCCAGAAGACAUGGCUAAGUAUCGAAGCAUCCGGGGGGAGGACCACCCACCUGCCUAACCGCUCAGCCCGUGUAACAAUCCCUUGAGUCCUUUGUGCAUCGCUAUGACUUUGAGUGCCGAGGCUGCCUUCUUGCUGAGGCAGGACUGGGCCCUGGGCCUGUCCCCCAGUCCCUCUGACCUAUCAUUUGACCUCAGGGGAUGGCGGGGCUGGAGGAGGAGCAGGGCCAGAGGAGGAGCAGGGCCGUGUCUCACUGACCCAGCAGUGCAUAUGUCAUCAUCUGGCCCUCAGAUUGGUGGAUGAUCCCUUCUGCUCUCCGUGGGCAGGCCAGGCACAGGGAAUAGUCUUAAAAAUAACUAAAUUGAUUGGUAAAUUAAAAGUUUUAAAAAAUUCUACUUAAUGUUUUUCUUUUUAUGUACUUUUCUCUGUUCCAUUUUAUUAUGGUGUGAGAAAGCUAAACAGGUAGGAAAAAUUAAAAAGGAAAAGAAAAAUUGGUUUAAUGUGGGAAGUACUUAAGUUGGUUUUGUAUCCUGCAUUUUCAAAUACAGUGGGUUAAGAAUGUGUGAAAUGUAACUAAGCUUUCAUGGAUGUACAAUAAACCCUAUGUAUUCAUGUGGCUUAUUCAUGUAAUCAUUUUGUAACAUUUUUACAACAUAGUACAGUAUAUCUUGUAAACAGUUAUUACUUCCCCAAGUGUUAAUAUUCAGAAGCAAAUUUAUUCUCCAGGCUUUAAAGCAGGAAAAACUAACACAGAGUUCUGGUUUUCCCUGCACCCUCUUUGGUGGUGGUCAUAAAGAGCAUGGGGUUUACUGUUGGUGACGGUUUCGCCCUGUAGGUGGCUGUCCCAGCCGUCGCUGUGCUCACAGGUCCUGUGGGAUUGUGUUAAACUGUAGGCUCCAACUCGGGU